CUUCUAGAUUUUGUGAAUCUUUACAGACCCCAUAAGAAAUUAGAGCAUAGGACAAGAGUCAGAGAUGCAAAUAGUUUUUACCACUAAAUUAACAAGGUAGUGGAUAGUAUGUCCAUAAAAGGACAAGGAUCCAUGUAUUAUAUUCUCCCACGCAACAGUCACUCCUCGAUCGAGCCUUGGUGUUUUGGAUACGACUUCAAGCAAGCAUCAUUCACUAAAGAGUUGUUCUUCUACUCAUAAUGGUCUCAGCUCCAAGACCAAGACCUUCAACUUUCACCGCCUCGGAACAAUGGCUCCUAAUGACAGCCACAUUACUGAUCUGUGGAUUCUUGGGCUAUGUAGUUUAUGAUGCGGUUAUGGCCACAGCAUCUGAGAUGCUGCAAAGGUUACUGGUCAUUUUUCCUUUGAUUCUGAUUAUUGCUGUUCAUUUGCUGUCUGCAGGCAGCCAGUUUAGCAUACCUAUUCCAGGGUCGGAGCCUGGUGCCAUCCAUAGAGCUGGAGGCUCACCUUGGGGUGUAGCUUUUGUGCUGUUGCUUCUUGUCUUCCUCAUAUCUUACCAGCCUUCCCUGCACGGCCUCAUCUUCUAGUUUGACAGCACUCCUGUCCAAGCAUAGUUAAGCAUGCUUCCAGGGUGGGUGCAGAAUUUAUGCAAGCUUGCUUCUACUAGAUAUGGUGUAACUUUUAACCUAUUUGAUGAAGUGAAAAUGCCCUCUUGUUAUUUUCAUUAUAGCAUAACAGGAUCAUGAUCGUUCGCCUGCUUAGCUACUUUCUUCCUGGGCAUGCUGUUAAGAAACUAAUGCAAUCUAUCCUGAAAAUGUUAGAGGGUCUUCCAUUUCA